AUGCUACUCGAUAUCAAGCCUCUGGUCGAUAUCUUGUUCAAACGAAGAUUAUCAGCCAGUGUUGAUGAACUCAAGCUCUCCCAAGGCGCCAGAGGAUGGCAUCAUACCGGAUUCGACAAGCUUCUUUUGCUGUUCUACGUGUGGCAGGGCCUGCGAGCCUCUUUUCCCUUCCUUCUCCAACCCCCGUGUAUCCAAAGUAUAUAUAUACGGCCUGUUUUGAGUCAAGCAAGGCCCGAGAGGCGAAUCUCUCCCAUGGCCCCGAUCCAGUCAGUCAGUCCUCUUCAAGGGGAGGAGACCAGUGAUGCUGGUGAGGGAUCCACUCAAUACGAUGAGGAUAACUAUACGAUCAGACCUCCCAGUGGUAUGGGCGGUCUGCAGAAAUGGAGAGAGAAAGAUGCCAAAGAAGAAAGGGCAAAAGAAAAGAAACAUCUCAGGCGAGAGAGAUGGGGUUUGACAGCCACUUUCCCCGACCCCGUACGAGCUCAUCCGCCAGCUAUUACGACAUCGUACAGAUGA